UUCCCUGUUUUUUUUCCCAUUUCUCCCCGGAUCUCCCCUGUUUUUCCCAUUUUUCCAUGUUUUUUUCCCAUUUUUCCCUGUUUUUCCAGGUGCAGGCCGUGCGGGCCGUGGUUCCCAACCGCAGCAACACCGAGAUCGUGCUGGUGCUGCAGCACUUCGACAACGCCGUGGACAGAGCCGUGCAGGCCUUCAUGGAGGGGAAUGCCAGCGAAGUGCUCAAGGAAUGGACGGUGACUGGGAAAAAAAAGAACAAGAAGAAGAAACCCAAAGCCAAGGCCCCGCCCGGCCCCGGGCAGGAGGAAAAAUUGGAAAACCUGGAAAAAAACCUGGAAAAAAACCUGGGAAAAUUGGGAAUUUCCAUCAACGGUUUCCAUAGCAACCGCUGCCCCUCCCUGGAGUCGCUGCCAGGCCUCGGGAACGGAAUUUCGGCUUUUCCUGCCCCAGCCCAGCCCCCAACCCCAGCCCGGAGUGACCCUGGCGGCAGGAAAAUGGGCUGCAGCCUGGAGCGCUCCCUGAAGGAUCUGCAGCGCUGCUCCGUGGCCCUGGCGCGGUUCCGGGCGCUGCUGCGGGAGGAGGUCGAGACCUCCCUGAGGAGGGUCCGGGUGGCCUUUGGAGAGAUCCAGAGCUGCCUCAUGGAUCGGGAGGUGGCUCUCCUGGCCGAGAUGGACAAAGUCAAGGCAGAAGCAAUGGAUCUGCUCUCCCUGCGGCAGCGCCGGGCCGAGGCUCUGCGCGCUCUCACCGAGGCCGCCCCGGCCAUGUCGGAGGAGCAGCUGCAGGAGCUGCGAGCCGACAUCAAGCACUUUGUGAGCGAGCGGAAGUUCGAUGAGGAGCUGGGCCGGGCCAGUGGGAAUUCCCAUUGUUCCCAAGCCCAUUCCGGGUGGGAAUUCCGGUGGGAAUUCCCUCUGGAAUUGCCGGAAUUCCCGUUUCUCCAGCACUUUGUGAGCGAGCGGAAGUUCGAUGAGGAGCUGGGCCGGCACUUUGUGAGCGAGCGGAAGUUCGAUGAGGAGCUGGGCCGGGCCAGUGGGAAUUCCCAUUGUUCCCAAGCCCAUUCCGGGUGGGAAUUCCGGUGGGAAUUCCCUCUGGAAUUGCCGGAAUUCCCGUUUCUCCAGCACUUUGUGAGCGAGCGGAAGUUCGAUGAGGAGCUGGGCCGGGCCGGGCGCUUCGGCUGCGACCUGGAGGGGCUGCGGGGCAGCAUCGGCGCCUUCGGCACAGCCGGGCUGCCUCGCUCCUCACGGCCGCGAUCAGCUCGUGGUUGA